AUGGCGGCGCUUCAGGCUGAUGUUGUAGAGCCCGACGACUUCAACGACAACGACUCGGCCGUGGGCGAUACCAAUGACGGGACCUCGACAACGGCGAGCUUGAACAGCUCGAUCCUGGACUAUCGCAAGGAGAACGGCCGCACCUAUCACAGGUUCCGAGAUGGAAGACGCGUUCUUGACCUUGGAACGGGGACGGGUAUCUGGGCCAUGGACUACGGGGAUGAGCAUCCAGGCUCCGAGGUCAUUGGUGUCGAUCUCUCUCCGACGCAGCCGAAGUUCGUCCCGCCAAACGUCAAGUUCGAGAUCGACGAUAUCGAAGACAGCUGGACCUACUCCCGCCCCUUUGACUACAUCCACUCCCGGAUGAUGAACUCGUCCAUCUCUAAAUGGGAAGAAUACCUGCGCCAAUGCUACGAAAACCUCAACCCGGGCGGCUACCUCGAGCUCCAGGAAUUCGGCCUGCCCCUCUCCGACGACGGCACCCUGACCCCGGACCACGCCCUCCACAAGUCGAUGGCCCUGCUGGGCGAGGCCGCGGCAAAGAUGGACCACGCCUUCAUCGAGCUCAGCACCCUCAAGCCCAUGAUGGAGGCCGCGGGCUUUGUCGACGUCGCCGAGAUCUGCUUCAAGUGGCCCAGCAACACCUGGCCGCGCCACGCAAAGUUCAAGGAGCUCGGCGCGUGGAACUACGACAACAUCACCACCGGGCUGCAGGGGUUCCUGAUGGCGUUCCUGACGAGGGGCCUCGCGUGGAAGGCGGAUGAAGUGAAUGUGCUCGCCGCGCAGACGAGGAAGGAUGUUGGGGAUCGGAGCAUUCAUGCGUACUGGCCCAUGUGA